GUCCCGUGAAUGCAAGCUUUCACUUUGCGUAGUUCUCGAGAUUGUUCGGUUGUGGUUGGAGCUUUUACUCUAUAAUUUUAUCUGAAACACACCGUAAACCUCACAUUUCACUCAGUGUUUGAUGUUCCGUACAGGUUUAUUCCUAUGAUACCUCCGGUUAAACUCUCUUGAUGCACAAUAUACAAGAAAACAGGGCGUAAACAAAGCUGUAAGCUAACUCUGAGCAACAAUGUCAAGAUAUCUAAAGUAAAGUUACUGCCAACCGUGGACUCUGAACCCCUAAACAGGUAAGUUUACACUGUCUUUUGAAUGAUAUGCUGAUUUUAGUAGCUUUUUCUUGUAGUUUUAUAUAAAUGACUUUAUGCCGUUUGAAAAAAACAAACAAUUAACUCUUGACCUUCAUUCUUAGUGAGCAGUAAAUGUGAUAAAACAUUGAACUGAUCAGGGAGAAAAACUGGCAUUUGAAAUCGAGUAGUAAGUGGAUUAAUACAGUAAGAUAUUCUUACACACAGGACAUGUAUAGGGGAGUCUGGGGUAAGUUGAGCCACCCCCCUGUUGCUUGGAAACUGUAAAAAAAAAAAAUUGGUCAUGUGACCAAAUAUUUAGGAGAUGGACAUCAAUUCAUGGAGUCUGUGAAGGUUAGAAGCACAUGGGUGAAGAGGUUAGACAUUUAUUUACAAAAAAAAAACAUUUUUCACUCUUGAAAGUGAAUUUAGUCUGAUAUAAGUUUGAUUAGAAUUGUGUUCAGAACAAAAAGAUAAUUUUGAAUUAGGUUAUACUGUAGGUCCACUAUUUUAGCUUCGAGGACUCAUAGAUAGAUAGACUUUAUUGAUCAAAAAUACAAAAUAACAUUAAAUAUAAGAAGAAAUAUGUACAAUACAGACAAAAAAUACAAAAAAUACUAGAUAUAUACUAUAAAUACAGACUAAAUAUACUUAACAUCCUAAGAGAAAAAAGUGAGAUAUGAAAAACGUGGGCUAUUGAAAUGAGUAAUGAAUAUGAAAUGCAAAAUAUACAGAUGGGAUGAUAAAUAAACAGACAAUUUAAGGUGCUAAAGUAAUGCGAUGUGGUAGGAGUUUUAAAAAUGGACUAUACAGCAGACAUGUGUGAGUCCCUGUCUGACAGAUGUGAAUUGUUGAACAGUGCAAUUGCUUGUGGCAGGAAAGAUUUCCUGUAUCUGUCCCUUCGACAGCGAAACUGCAACAGUCUGUUGGAGAAGGAGCUCCGCUGUCUGUCCAGAGUGAGGUGUAGAGGGUGGUCAGGGUUAUCCAUGAUGGAUACCAGUUUGGUUAGUGUCCUCCUCUCCACCACAGCCUCCACAGUGUCCUGUUUGCAGCCAACCACGGAGCCAGCCGUCCUGAUCAGUUUGUUGAGUCUGUUGGUGUCACUGGCUAAUAAAGUCAUAACAGUAGUUCUGGGGUAACAGAGAAAGUAAAGGAGUCUGAUGAGAGGAUCAGAGUUUCAGAUGUUUGACUUUUUCUUUUCUGAAAUACAGCUGUGAAUGUUCUGAAUCACUUAAAGACAUUCGUAUGUUGAAAUGUUUUUAGCAGUUAUAUGUAAUAAUAAUAAUAAUAAACAGAAUUAUUGCACCAGUUGAAUAGUGUAUAAUAGAUAAAAAUACACAUGAAUAUGAAGAAGUGACUGUUAUUUAGGGAGAGAGAAGGUGAGAGAGGGCUGGGGUGGAGAGUGGGGGCAUGCGGCUCAACUUACCCCACUUUUUUUUGUCAUGCUAUAUUAUAAAGACAGUUCUGUUUACACUCAUUGCUGGUUGGUCUGUUGAUGAACAUCAUCCUGAAAUAUCUGCAGAUUCACUAGUUAGAGACAAAACUAGGAUUGACUUGAUGUAGUGAUCUGAAAUAUGAAAAAUGGCUCAUCUUACCCCACCCUCCCCUACAGCUAUUUCUAAACUGAGGAGCAGACACUAUGGUGCAGAUUCACAUUCAGUCUCCAGGCAAGGACAGAUGUUUCAAUUGAUAACCUCUCUCUUUUUUCUCUAAGGUCCCCAGCAGACUACCUUUUUUCAGACCACACACUAUGGAGCGGAGUGCACUCAAACAGAGCCAGCUUUGCGGCUCCUGGGAGAUGAAGGAGAGACUUGGGAUGGGAGGAUUUGGGCACGUUUAUCUCUACCAGAACCUUGUAAGUCGGCUAAGAGCAUUUACCUCAAAUUCUUUUGUGUCUUCAUCUUUGUCUUAAACCCUGUCUGUAUUUGGGACAGGAGUCGGGAGAGAAGAUUGCUGUGAAACUUUGUCGCUUAGAGCUGAACUCCAAGAACAAAGACCGUUGGAGCAGAGAGAUUCAGAUCAUGAAGAAGUGGGUGUGAAUCAUCCACUUGGGUGCUCAUUUUCCUAUCAUCAAACCGUAGCUUUAUGGUUUGUUUUCUCUCUUUCGGUUGCAGGCUUAACCACGUGAAUGUGGUUCAGGCCAGAGAAGUGCCAGAGGAGUUGACCUCCAUUGCUUUAAAUGAUUUACCUUUGUUGGCCAUGGAGUACUGUUCAAGAGGAGACCUACGCAAGGUACAAAGUGGGUACUUCUAAAGGCCACAAAUAAUAUAUUGUGCCUCCAAACAUUGCACUGUUAAUGUUUUUACAUCUUAAUUUAGGUGCUGAAUAAACCAGAAAACUGUUGUGGGCUGAAGGAAAGUGAAGUCCUCUCACUGCUCAGUGACAUUGGUAGUAUUUUACUCAUCUUUCACUCCCACGAUAAGUCACAUUUGGAAUCCUGAUGUUUAAAGAACCAUACUUUCCACCAUCAUAGGUUCUGGUAUUCAGUAUCUCCAUGAGAAUAAGAUCAUUCACAGAGACCUAAAACCAGAGAACAUAGUUCUACAGGAAGCUGGUGGGAAGGUGAGCUCAUUUCCUUCUGUACACUGCAGUCUGACAUCUCAAAUUCAAUGUGGUUUCCACUGCCCUUUUCUCAUAAUGAAACUAUUCUUCACCCCAGCUCAUCCAUAAAAUCAUAGAUCUGGGCUAUGCAAAAGAUCUAGAUCAGGGCAGUCUUUGUACAUCCUUUGUGGGAACUCUGCAGUAUCUGGUAAGUGUUUAAUCAGAAGUUCAAAUCGAUGCCAGCAUGUUCUUUUUUUUUUCUCCAAUGGUUCGUAUUCUAUAUAUUGUCUAAUAUAUCUAAUCUAUAUGCAUUUCAGGCUCCAGAGCUGUUUGAGAGUAAACCCUACACUGUCACCGUGGACUACUGGAGCUUUGGUACAGUGAUCUUUGAAUGUACAUGUGGCUUUCGCCCUUUUUUACACCACAUGCAGCCUGUUCAGUGGUGAGUCAACAAGGCAGCGAUGCAUUUCCUUAAGAUUUUUAAGAAGCAGGGCAUAAACACAAAGUAAAAACAAACAUUUUGGGUAUGUCGCGUUCCCUUUUCAGUCACACUGAACAUCAACACCUAAAAUCAGAAAUAUACAGGAUUUCCCAUAAAUCACAAUAAGACUUGUAUUAUCAUCAACAAGCUGUUCCUGUAAAUAACACACGUACACGUUCCAUUAUCUCUGGUGCUGUAUCCACAUGUCUGUAUGUGCUGUGGUUGUCGUUUAACUCUGUGCAUCUCUAUCUUUCUCCAUCUCCCACAAUCCCCAAAUACAGCCACAGCAUUUGACUCUCUAACAUGACUAUUAGUGGAUUACUAAAUUACUAAAUGCUGCAAAAUGUUACACUCAUGAUAGAUUAAGAGUGGGUCUGAUCUCGUAAGCUGGAACUCAGUCCUGUCCUACCUUUCUAUUGGGUCUUUAUCGUAGACUGUAUAUAGAAUAGACGCCGUCUGCCUCCUCUCUGGGUGAAGCUACGCCGAGAACAGCACCCUCUGGUGACGGGCUGCAGUAUAGGUCAUAACUCCCACCUCUGCCAGCAAAGCUUAUGGAGCUGUGGACAAACUUUAGAAAUUUAUCACACAGAAUAUAAAUGUUUCUCCCCCCUGGUUGUGAUGUUGACAUGUAGUUACUGUCAGACUGGUUUGUGCUCAAGUCCUCUUUUUUCUGUACAGCUCCGUUUUUAAAAGUUAUGAGGGGGUUCAUGUUUUCUAUGAUUGACACUUGAUACAGCCUAUCGGUGUUCAGGGAUUGCGUAGCUCACCCGGGGGGAUACACUGUUUGAGCCAAGCAUCAUCACAGCGGCUCUGCUGCCGAAUGCGUACAAAAAUCACGGAAAUACAGAGAGCUUUUUGGCUUCAAAUCCGAACCAAGUUGUCCAUAGUAUAUACAGUCUAUGGUCUUUAUUCAUAUAAUGAGUGUAGUGUGUAGCUGUUUUUGACAAGCAUCUUGAGAGCAUGUGUUGUAUAAAUUAGGAUUGAUUGAUUGAGAUUACAAACUGAUUGUAUUUAGUUUAAUCUGCAUUUCAAAAUUUUAGAUAAAGCGAUGAAAGUUGAUCCUUUUUUCUUUUGAACAUUUAAAAAAAUAACGGAUCCUGUUUUCUUCAUGUUUAUUUCUGACUCUGACUUAUUGCAUAUCUAUUUGUAGGACAAGUAAAGUUAAGAACAAAGGCCCCAAAGACAUCAUGGCGGUCGAAGACAUGAAUGGAGAAGUCAGAUUCUCCACACAUCUCCCUUACCCCAACAAUCUGAGCAGGUAGAGACAGAAAGACACUUCUUCACAGUAAUUCAUCGUCCACCAUUUGACCUGCAGCCAACCUGAGUCUGUGCACACGUUUCCAGGCCACUGUUGGAACCAGUUGAGUCUCUUCUGCAGAUGCUGUUGCUGUGGGAUCCUGCAGCACGAGGUGGAGGGCUGGAUCCCGACACGACAAAGCCGUGCUAUUACACAACUUUACAGAAUAUUCUCAACAUGAAGGUGAGUAAUGUCAGUCUUUCUUCACUUUACUGUGGUAUUAUGCAGCAAAGAUCUUAUUCAUCUCUCCUGAGGAAGAACCCCCCCCCUUCAUUGAACCUUGUGAUUUUAAUUCAUCAGGUGAUUCAUGUGUUGGACAUGACGUCAGCACAGCUGCACUCACUGGUUUUGGGUGCUGAGGAGAGCUUGCACUCCCUGCAGCUGCGUCUUGAGACUCAAACUCAGACACACAUCGCCCCGCUGAGUCAGGAGCUGCUGCUGGAGACGGGAAUCUCCCUCGACCCACGCUGGCCACCCUCACACUGUCUGCCAGAGGGGUUGGUAUGUGACACAGGCAAAAGAAAUAUAUCAUGUCAAAAAUCCCAGCCACAAGUGCAAACACAGCAAAUCUAUUUUUUUAUUUCCUUGUUUUUGAAUUCCCUCUGGUUGUGUUUUUGAGACUUAAAGCCGUCACAGUCAGUCCUGUUGUUGAACCACAUCUUUUCCAGAUGGUCUUCUGCUAAGUAAAUAAGACAUAUGAGAUGGUUUACAAUAACAACAAAUUACUUGCAGACUGUAUGCUCAAAUGUAUGAAUAUUGUUUGCUUCCAGGAGUUCAGUCCGCUCUGGAUCGGAAAGCUGAAAUCUCAGACUCUAAAAGCAAGCGGAGCUCCACUCAAACACUGUUAAAUCUCAGACUACUUGUUCUUUGCUUUCAGAGAGGCUGGGACAGCUCCAUCGUCUUCUUGUUUGAUAAGAGCCUGACGAAAUACUCAGGACCACUGACUGCCAGAGCGCUGCCAGACAGUGUCAACUUUAUAGGUGAGAUUUAUGAAUGUGUGCAGAGCUGUGAAAUGAUACUACACAGACUGAUGGAUCUCCAGACAGUUACAGAGAGAAAUUUAUGGACAAAGAUUUUGUUAGAUGGUCUAAAUACACCAACAAAGCCAUCAGAAUGACAGAAAACGAGCAUGAUGACUUAUCCUUAGUAUACUUAACAUGACAGUAAAAAAAAAUUAUUCUUCUUUCUCAACAGCUGUAUUCGACCAACCUUAUUAUUGAUCGUGGUUUGGUAGCCGUCAUUGAAGCAUGUCUUUGUAGGCUGCAUCCAAAACCAUGACUCAGUACUUUUACUGAAAACUUUAAUCUUUUUUGAUUAUCUUCGUUUAAACGGAAAUAAAACUUCAGAAUGAGAGAUGGAAAAACGUUUCUGAUACUCAGAACUUCAAACUCUGACCCCACCACAAUCAAACUUUCACUUUCACCGUGUGUUGCGGUCUUACUGUUUACUAUUGUUUGAUCCUAAUUCACCUGAAAUAACCUUUCUGUGCUGCACUUAAAUGUAAAAUAAUUUAUGUAAACCAUAAUUAAAUUUAUUGCCUAGAAAUUUUUACUGGUUGUGAAACGAUUUGUGGUGAUGCUUCUUCCUAAUGAUCCCAAAAAAAUAUAACACUAUGAUCAACAAUGAGACCACCACUUUCUACAUUUUAAUUUUUAAGGACGGGUGUUAAAAACAAGUCUUCUUUUUAGAAGGAAGGGUCUGGGGGUGUGAUAACGUCUGGCAACACAUUGAUGCGUUUUCUGGCACACUUGUCCACAAUCAUUUUGACAUUUCAGGCUUUGUUAGCUGCAUUUCUCAUUCUGAUGUCAGUGUGGAAACAACUCUUUUAUUCGUUCAUCAAAUCAGGAUUCACAUGUUUUUAUGAAUUAUGUUUUAUCUCAGUCAGGGAGACUAAGACACAGCUCCCACUGUCUGCGCUGAGGAAAGUGUGGGGAGAGGCAGUCCACUACAUCUGUGGACUAAAAGAAGACUACCUCCGCCUGUACCAGGGACAGCGGGCUGCCAUGUAAGUGCACAAACUCACCAAUACACUAACUUCCUCCCACUGAAGCUUCCUCACCUCUAACCUUGUGUUUGCACACGUGUAGGCUGAGCCUGCUGCGUUAUAACACCAACCUGACUCGGUUCAAGAACCUGCUGUUCUCGCAGUCGCAGCAGCUCCGAGCCAAACUGGCUUUUUUUAAGAGCAGCAUCCAGCACGACCUGGAGCAGUACACCAAACAGAAAAACAACGGCAUCUGUGAGUGGACGAUCGACUUCUUUGAAUCAUUGAGUCAUUUCUGAAAACUUAAGUAUGAUUUUUGGUGUUAACUUUGUGUUGUUGUGAAGCUUCAGAAAAACUGCUGAAGACCUGGCAGGAAAAUGAAGAGAAGGCUGACGGGUUUAUGAAGGUGGGAAAAUGAUUUCAGUCAAACAAAUUCUUUACAAACUUUCUGCCAGUAUUGAAAGUAAAUGCAGUGAGUAUCUUCUUCUGUAGGUUGCAGAUGUCGGGUAUCUGGAUGAAGAGAUAGUGGCUCUACACUCUGAGAUUGUGGAGCUGCAGAGAAGCCCGUUUGCAAGGAGACAGGGGGAAGUGAUGGAGCAGCUGUAAGUUUGUUAUACUUACUCUACGGUCAGAUUUUUUUAAUCCAUGAACACAAACACAUCUGUCAGCAGGAAAAACACACCUGCCGAUGUCACGCCAUCUUCAACAAAAACAGGGUCUUCUUACUAAUAACUUUUCAAUCUUACCAAAUAGUUGUCUGUUGUCUGUGCUGUGUUUUGAUCUGGAGCUCAUUAGUUCUGUGUUACUGGUAGUUUAUGAGUAUGAACUGACACUAAUGGGUUGCAGCUGUCUGAUAGUCAGCUGCAGGUUUUAGCAGACAGAUGUUUACUGCACGAUCUCUCAAAUGACACAUGUAACAGGAUAAGUUGUGAUGUUUCAUGUUUGUUUUUUCUGACAACAAAGACAGCACAAAUUGACGGUCAGGAAGAGCUCUUUAACUCGUCUUUUGGCAUUUUAGGGGAAUAACUGAUAAAUAAAACUAGAGAACAAAACAGCCUUUUGUGAAGGAAUGUCAAAAAAAAAAAAAUGAGAGAACAUGUAUUCAAAUGUUAUUGGAUUUCUAAUUCCACAAUGCUCCAUGUUGGGGUUAAAAUACUAAAUACUGUUCCUGUGUUCGAGUUACCUCAGAAGUCAGAGCUGGGAAUGAUGUCACACCCGAGUUACCGGCGUUUCAGAUACCAAGUCGGAAAAAAACAAAAUCAGAGGCAGGAGGAGGAAGGUUAUUUUGGUGCUUGCCUUGUUCUAGCUUAAAUUUGGACAAGGCAAGCACUAAAAUAACUUUCCCAGCUCUGACUUCUGAUUUCGAGGUAACUCAAACGUAGCGUUAAACCAGACUGCUGGAAUUUUGUAUCGACUGACCACAUUACAGACAACCUUCAUUUUUAUGUUCAUGAACGGACCCAAACUCACAAAUUUUGUGCAAAGCCGGUCAAAAAUAGUACGAAAAACAAUUUUAGCAAACAAGUGUCUUCAUGUAAAUUAGACUUCUGACAAUUACUGCAUGACAUAUUUAAACUCAUCUUUCCUCUUAACUGCUUUAAAAGAUAAACUUUCUCUUUCUCUCUUUUUUCAGUGAGGGGAAGGCCGUCGAACUCUACAAGCAGCUGAAAGCAAAAUGCAAAAGUUAGUACAAAUCAUUAAACACAAAAGAUAGAUUUGUGCUUUUGUGGCUCUAUCUGUACACCCUUGACCAAUUACUGUGAUAAUGCUUGUUGCUAUGGAUACACUCAGACGUGUAAUCAACAAAUAAGUUGGUUUUUAGGGUUUUAAGAAAGAUCCACUGAACAAAUGUUUCACUGUGGACCUCAUUGUUGAAUUGAGUGAGAUAAAUGAGGAUAAGUCAUAAAGUUGUGAUUGUACAGGUCCUGACCCUCCACAUGGCUACAGCGACAGCUCAGACAUGGUGAGGACCAUCCUCCAAACCGUUCAAAACCAGGACCGAGUGCUGAAAGACAUGUAUACUCAUCUCAGGUAACUUUUCCCUGAGUGUAAUCCAAAUCAUCCUCUCAUUGGUGAAGCAGAAGUUUGAGGGUCUUUCUUUUUCUUUUUCUCCUGCAGCACUAUUUUGGUGUGUAAGCGACGGAUUGUUGAUUUGUUCCCGAAGUUGGAGAGGGCGGUGGAGAACAUAAAAACUGCAGAGGCGGCAGUGAUGCAAAUGCAAAUGAAAAGACAGAAAGAGUUCUGGUACCUCCUCAAGAUCGCCUGUGUGAGGAAAAAAAGUUUUGACUGCUCUGAAAAUGUUCUUAGCUGCUGAUGCUGUAGAUUGCAGUUUUAUGAUACAGUCUCAAACGUUCUGUUAAAGUAAAAUAAUGUCUGUGAAUUCAGGCCCAGAACAAUUCUCCAUCACCAUCACUGUCGCAACAACCAACCGACAGGUAAGUUCUGCACUGUUGUUUUUCCACAAUUUUAACUGGAUACGAUAAAUAAUCUUACAAACACUUUUGCAGACAAGAGUUUAAGUUUACACUCUAUAUAAUUUGAUAAAAUGCCUCUAAAAGGAAACUUUGAAAAUACCUCAAUUAAAUUAGCUAAAUUAGCUAAAUUACAUGAUACAAAUGGCCCUGUCGAGUUUAUACGAGUUUAUAACCUUAAAGGCAGGCUGCUACAAAUCACAAAUUCUCCACAAGAGGUCGCCAUUUGCACUUAAACUCAUGAAGGUUAAAGAAGUUUCCCUUUAACUUUUGAGUCUAAACAAAAAAUUACAGUAUUUCCACAAUGUAUUUUUAUAGAUAAUGUUACUUUUGGAAUGAUACCACCAAAUAAAACUGAUAAACUGUUGCAAUGUAAUCUUAUGUCUUGCCAAAUAUUUCAUCCAUAAGAAUAAAGUUAUCAGAUCAUCCCCCAGAUUAAUUGUUUUCAUAAAUGAAUUUAAAAUGUAUUUGAAAUCUCUUAAAACGUUUACUGGUUUGAAGAAACAAUAGUUAUAUUUAUAUUUUCCCUCUAAUAUGAACAGCUAAAAAUGUUUUUAAAAAAAAAGAAAACCCUUGUAAAUUUUUGCAGGCAUAAAUUAUUUUAUUUAUUUUAUGUUACUUCUGUGUUUGCUUGUUGUUCUUCACUAUCUACUUUAUUUUAUUGCCCUACUGUUGUUAAGUAUUUCUCACUAUGUUAUUUUAGUAUUGAAAUUACUGUAUUGAACUGAUUUAGUAUGUUUGGAAUUAUAAUUUUGUUAACUCUGACUAAAGUAUAAAAAACAACAACUUUUUCGUUAAACUUUGGAGUUCUGUUAUAAUAUCUUUCUGUAUGAUGCACACAAUUCCAAGAUCAUCUGUACAGUGAAUUUUUUUGUGUUAUUUCAGUGAAACUGUUGAUCAACUACUGGAUGAGAAUCAACAUUAUCUGAGUCUGUUAACGUCUCUGCUGCAUGACACCACCCAAGGGAUGGAGCACAGUGUCAUGGUACGGUUCAUGAAGGACUGUUUUCAUGCGUUUAAACUGAUUCCUAGAGUAACAGCCUGACUGUGAAUUUAAAUAACACACACUUUAUAGGAGAUGGGGGAAUGGCAUAAAAAUGUUCAGAGGAUGGUCAAAGUACAACUUCAAUGUUUUCGUUCCUCCUUUAGGAUCAGGACUGGAGCUGGAUUCAGUACAGAACAGCUGAAGCUGAACCUCAGAAGCUGUAGAGACCGACCAAAGACUACUGAGUGCCACACCUCUGGGAAUUAUGUCAUAAACACGUGCCUUAUCAGAGCAACACAAUCUGAAAGCUUGGUGGAUUCAUACCGAGUCUUUAACACACAUACAUGUAGAGCUGCGAGACAAUGAGUGAAAAUUUGGUAAGCUAUGUAUUACACUUCAGUGUUUGUUAUUUAACUAUGAAAGCUAUUUCCAGCUGUAACCAAGACUUAUUUAUUUGCCGUUCAAACUGAUUUAAGAAACACCCUGCUGCUGGUAAACUAUGCAUGAUGAAACGUCUAUAAAUUUUAUUAAUGUACAACA